AUGUGCCCUCCCCUGCAGGCGGCCCUGGGCAGCCGCCUGCCCAUGGCGGCACCGCCGCCGCCGCCGCCAAGGCGGCGGCGGCAGCAGCCCCACCGCAUUCAGGCCCGGUUUGGCGCAGGCAGGCAGGGCGCUGGGGGCCCCCGGGGCGGAGCUCCCGACCUGCCUAGCGGUGCGGCAGCAGCGGUGGGCGGCCUGGGCCACGCGCCCGCCCCCGACCGCGCCGGCAGCGCAUCGGGCAGUGUGGAUGGGGGCGCCAGCGAGGACGGCCCGCCUCCUGCGGCUGCGGCGGCUGCGGCGGAACCUGCUGCUGCGGCGGCGGCGGCAGCGGCGGUGCGCGCCCCGGUGCCUGCAGUGGCAGCAGGGUCCGCGGCAGUAGAUUUGACAGAAGAAGCAGCAUCUCAGGCGGUGCCAUUGCAAGCGGUGGUAGAGGCAGCAGGAGGAGGGGUGCCCGUCGAGGCGCUUGCGGCGGAUGCAGCACUAGAGCUGCCGCCGGCGGCGGCAGUAGCAUUGCUAGCAGCAUUAGAUGCAGAGUCAUCAGGAGCAAGGUCAGGACUAGCAGCAGCAGAGGCAGAGGCGGGAGCGGCAGCAGAGGCAGAGGCGGGAGCAGCGGCAGGGGAGGCGGCCAGCCUGCAGCAGCAGGGCGGCGGCGGCGAGGGUAUGGCGGAGGCGGCGGGCGGCUUCCGCCCCAGCCUCCUCUUCCAGCCCGGCGCGCUGCUGGACCUCAAAUCCCUGCAGCAGCUGCAGGCACCCAGGCAGCCGGCCAAGCAGGCGGCGGCGCCGGCAGCAGAGGCGGCGGCGCCGGCAGCGGCCGCCGCGGAGCUGCCGCCCUCUGCGGGCGCGCCCCCCGCGGCGCACAUGGGCACGCUGUGGGGCCUGCUGGUGCUCAGCCUGGCCUACCUGCACCACUCCACCAGCGGCUUUGCGCUGCCCGCCCUGCUGCCCAUCAUCUCAGAGGACUUGCACCUCACAGACACGCAGGGGGCGCUGCUGACGGCGGGGUGCUGUACGCUUUGGCGCUGGUGCCCCGUGGGCCUGCUGGCCGACCGCGUGGACCGGCCGCGCCUGCUGGCGGGGGGCAUCGCGCUGUGGAGCCUGCUCACCAUGGCCGCCUCCCAGACGCAGUCGUUUGGGCAGGCGCGCGGCCCUGCUGCCCUGCUGGCCACGCGCGUGGGCUUUGCGGCGGCUCAGGCCACUCAGAACCCCAUCUGCUUCUCCCUCAUCCCAGAGCUCUUCCCCAAGAACCGCACCACAGCCAUGGCAGUGUACAACACAGCCAUCUACGCCGGCCGCGCCCUGUCCUUUGCGGCGCUCAUCCUGGCCGCGCAGCUGGGCGUGCCGCAGGGCGUGAUUGGCGAGGGGCUGAACAUCGGGUACACGCUGGUGCCGCUGGACAAGGUGGACCUGUCGCUGGUCAGCGUGCUCUACACGCAGGGCGACUAUGCUGCGGUGACCCCCGUGUACACGUAUGCCCUGGACGGCAGCGAGGGCGUGAUGAUCGAGAGCGCCUUCUCCGCCUGGCGCCAGCUGCUGCGCUGGCUGGGCCCCCCCGGCCUGCUGAUGGCGGCGCUGGCGCUGUUGACGGUGGAGGAGCCGCGGCAGCGGGGCAGGGGCGGCCGCUUCAUGCCCCUCAUGACUCUGGCCAAGGAUAGCAUCGACGAGGGGGACCUGGCCACGCCCGUCGGCGCGCUGGGGGCGCCCGCUGCCACGCCCGGCGUCGGCGUGGUGGGCGGCGGCGCGGCUGCGGCGGCUGCGGCGGCGCUGGCCUCCGGCCGCGACGGCGACGGCGGCGCCGCGCCGCCCGGCGCCCUCGUAUCUGCGCCCGAGUCGCAGGCUCCGGCCAGCGUGGGGGAGAGCCUGGGGCGGCUGCGCGGGCUGGCAGGCGAGCCGGGCUUCCUGGCGCUCACGCUGGCCGCCGCGCUGAACGACGUGGGCAGCUGGGCGCUGGUCAGCUGGCAGGCCACCUUCUACCAGCGCGUGUACGGGCUGGAGCCAGCCGCCUAUGCGCCGCUGCUGGCCAUCGUCAUUCCAGUGGGGGGCAUCAUCGGGGGGGUGGGCGCCGGCGUGUUUGGCGACUGGCUGAACCGCAUCGGCGCGCGCGGCUGGCUGACGGCGGGCGCCUCGGUGGCGGCCGCCCCCUUCAUCGCCGUCUCCCUGCUCGUCCCAGAUUACAAGCAGUCGUUUGCGGCCCUGCUGGUGGGCUUUGCGCUCAGCGAGUGCUGGCGCGCGCCCGCCGCGGUCAUGGUGCGCGAGGUGUCCCCCCCCGGCCUCGGCUCCACCGCCUCCGCCCUGCACCUGUGCAUCCGCAACCUGGUGGGAGGGCUGGGGCCCAUCGGCGUGGCCCUGCUCUCGCCAAAGGUGGGCCUCCAGACCGCCAUGCUGCUGGUGCCGGGCUGCUACCUGCUGUCGGGCGUGGGGCUGGCGGUGACGGAGGGCGUCAUCAAGGCGGAGAAGGAGGCGGCGCGGGUGGCGCGCCACGCGGAGCACCACCCGCACCAGCAGUAG